CUUCCCUCCAGCCGCCCUCCGCGCCGUCGCCGUCUCCGUCGUUCUCUAGGCGGCCCGGCCCGGCCCGCCCGCCCCGCGUUCCCUCCGGCCGGUGCCUCUUUCCCCCCGGCGGGCUGCCUGCAUGUCUUUGCUGCCCUCAGCCCCGCCGCCACCGCCGCCGCCACCUCCCCCGCCGCCGCAGCCCCAGCAGCAGCAGCAGCAGCCCCGCCGCCGCCGCCGUCGCCGCCGCCCGGACCCUGGCGCGCUGAAUGCAGACUAAUAGGGAUGCCAAAGGAAAAAUAUGAUCCUCCAGAUCCUCGCAGAAUUUAUACCAUCAUGUCAGCAGAGGAGGUAGCCAAUGGGAAAAAAUCUCACUGGGCAGAACUAGAAAUCUCGGGUAAAGUGCGGAGCUUAAGUACAUCACUUUGGUCUUUGACACACUUGACAGCGCUACACCUUAAUGACAAUAACCUUACUCGCAUUCCACCUGAUAUUGCCAAGCUUCAUAAUCUGGUUUACCUGGAUCUGUCAUCCAAUAAACUCAGAAGUUUACCAGCAGAACUAGGAAACAUGGUGUCUCUCAGGGAAUUGCUUUUAAAUCACAAUCAGUUACGGGUUUUGCCUUAUGAACUUGGUCGGCUCUUCCAGCUACAAACUCUAGGUUUGACAGGCAAUCCUUUAUCACAGGAUAUUGCCAAUUUAUACCAGGACCCAGAUGGAACCCGAAAGCUGCUGAACUUCAUGCUUGACAAUCUUGCAGUUCAUCCAGAGCAGCUUCCUCCGAGGCCAUGGAUUGCAUUAAAAGAACGAGACCAAAUUCUGCCAUCAGCAUCAUUCACGGUUAUGUGUUACAAUGUUUUAUGUGAUAAAUACGCUACCCGGCAGCUAUAUGGCUAUUGCCCAUCCUGGGCAUUAAACUGGGAAUACAGGAAAAAGGGAAUUAUGGAAGAAAUUGUUAACUGCGAUGCAGAUAUCAUUAGUCUUCAGGAAGUGGAAACAGAGCAAUACUUCACACUCUUUCUGCCAGCGUUGAAGGAGCGUGGAUAUGAUGGAUUUUUUUCUCCAAAGUCACGUGCCAAAAUCAUGUCUGAGCAGGAGAGAAAGCAUGUGGACGGUUGUGCAAUAUUCUUCAAAACAGAAAAAUUUACAUUGGUGCAGAAGCAUACAGUGGAAUUUAACCAAGUGGCAAUGGCUAAUUCAGAUGGAUCUGAGGCUAUGUUGAACCGAGUGAUGACGAAAGAUAACAUUGGUGUUGCUGUGGUGUUAGAGGUCCACAAAGAACUAUUUGGAGCAGGUAUGAAGCCUAUUCAUGCUGCAGACAAACAGCUGCUUAUAGUGGCAAAUGCCCACAUGCAUUGGGACCCAGAGUAUUCUGAUGUGAAACUCAUCCAGACCAUGAUGUUUGUCUCAGAGGUUAAAAACAUUCUGGAAAAAGCCUCAAGUAGGCCUGGCAGCCCAACUGCAGAUCCUAAUUCCAUCCCGCUGGUGCUAUGUGCAGAUCUUAACUCAUUGCCAGAUUCAGGUGUUGUGGAAUAUUUAAGCAAUGGAGGAGUAGCUGACAACCAUAAAGACUUCAAGGAACUAAGGUACAACGAGUGUCUUAUGAACUUCAGCUGCAAUGGAAAGAAUGGAAGCUCAGAAGGGAGAAUCACACAUGGCUUCCAACUUAAGAGCGCCUAUGAAAAUAACUUGAUGCCUUACACCAAUUACACCUUUGAUUUCAAAGGCGUGAUUGACUACAUUUUCUAUUCCAAGACUCAUAUGAACGUGCUUGGUGUCCUGGGGCCUUUAGAUCCUCAGUGGCUGGUUGAGAACAACAUCACUGGGUGUCCACACCCUCACAUCCCUUCAGACCACUUCUCACUGUUAACACAACUUGAACUCCACCCUGCCCUCCUGCCUCUUGUCAAUGGUGUUCACUUGCCUAACCGGAGGUAGUGGAGUACUGCCCUGCAAAGGCGGGGAUCUGUUGCUAUGGACCUGUACAGUUGUAAAUCAAAGUAUGUAGGAGUGAAGUAUGGCCAUCCUUAAGCUGCUUCUUCAGGUUCCUUUCAUUCUGUGUUUGCUGUAAGACUUGUACAUUUUUGUGCAUAUUGAUAAUCAUUUGGCACUAGGGCUGGAACCAAAGUAUUACUAUCUAUCCAAAAUUUUAAUUUAACAUGUUUUUAAAUUGAACUUUCUUCAUAUUAUAUUAAGAGCCAAUAUUCAUAAUUGGUAAAUCCAUCAUUUGAGGCCCAGCAGCAAUGUAUUUGUUUCUAUAAGACAAAUACAUUCUUUUGAAAUGGUUUCAAAUAAGCCUACUGUAUUUUGUAAAAAACAAUUUUUAAAAAUUAUACAUACAAGAUUUUAAAUUGAAUGAUGAUGGCAUGCCUUGGGGGGAAAACUUUCCAGAAUUGGUUUUCCUUUAUAAACAAGUUAACUUUUGGCACCCGAGUUAUUUGCACAUAAAUAGAGCACUUAAAUUUGCUUGAUCUGUACAUAAAAUAUAUAGCCACUAGCCAUAAUAAGACAAUUUGAAAAUUAAAGAUGAUUGCAUAAUAUGCUUUCAAAAUUAAUCAUUUAACAGCACAUGAUAGUUCAUUGGCUAAAUACAGGUUUUCUUGUCCCCUUAUCUUCCUUUUAGAAGUAUUCUAAGCCUGGCUCUCCAUUUUAUACAGAAAUAACAGGCAUAUACUGCCAUAUGGCUUGAAAAUGGAAUUUGUAUGUUUAGGAUGCCCACAAAAUUAGUGUCUGAUAUUUUUCAUUAUUCCUGUCCACCCUUUUUUUCUGUCUAGGAGACAUGAUGUAUAUCAUUUUUACCACGAUAGUCAAAAGUUUGAAAAACUAUUGAAUGUAAAGGUCCUGAUGAAAUUUUUAGAAAGAAAGCCAUACACAUGUAUUUCAUAUGUUUCCCAAACCAGGUUUAAGUGGCUGUUGGGUAUGGUUUUUUGAGGGUAACAAUGGAAAAAGGUUUAGGGGGAGGACAGUUUUGGUGUAGUAGUUUAAAAUCUUGGAUCAUUUUUCCUGACUCUAGCUGCCAAAUGGCCAUCAUAUGCUUUUAAUCUUUGUUUCCAUUAUCUGUCAGGGUUGAAUUCAGAAGCUACUGGUUUUAUUCCCAACUGUUGAUGCCUUUAGAUGCGUAGGAAAGCUUUUCCUUUUUUUUUUUUUUGCCCGGGAGGAGCCAUUUGAAAAUCUGACUCAAGAGGCAGUGAGUGUAAUACCAUUUUGUGGGAGGGGGGAAAUUGGUUGGCUACUUGAUGCUAAUUAUGGCACAGUAACAGGAAAAGGUUGUGUCUGUGUUUUUAAGUUUUUCUUUAUUCUGCUUUUUUGCUGCUAUAUGAGAGUUUUCUGAAAUUUAUAUUUUAAACUUUUCAUGCACUUUACUGUUUCUAGUUUCAAAAUGUGAUAUUUUUAAUAAACAAGAAAUUUUCCAUUAUGUGAAUGAAAUUUUAAAAGAAAAUAGCCUAUAUUUGUGUCUCACUAAUAUAUAAAGUAUGAGUCAAAUUUAAUUAUUUAAAUAUCAGUAAUUUGUCUCCUCUUUCAAACCUGACAUCUUAGGCUGUUUUAUUAGUCUUAAAUGAUACAUUUCAUUUGGUCAUUUUAUACUAAUUUCUUCCAUAGUAAAUUAAUCAGGCUAUAUAAAAUAUUUCCCCUAAAGGGUAAUUUUAGUGGGAUGAGGGUGGUGGGAUGAUGUCUUAUCAUACAGGAUUGCAUCAGAAGGGUUCUGUAAAGCCUAAACUCCCUCUUAAAAGUGCCUAGUGAUAGAGGCAUUGUUUGUCAUCUAUAAUUUGAAAUGGCACUGUCGUUCAGUGAAGUUUGAUAUUAAGACAUUCUUUAAAAAAUGUUAAAGUACCAGAACAAACAAAACCCUUAAGAUGACAGAUUUUCCUCAACAUGCAGGUAUCCCUUCUUAUAUACCUCAAGCAUCCAACAUCUAGCCAUGCAAAUUGAUUACCUGAAGCAUAGUACUGGAAAGUAGAAUAGCAUGAAAAACUUAAUUUUGUGGACAUUACCUUUUUUUGUAAUCAGCUACUGUAUGUUUUAUUUUAGAUCUUUGGUUUGGAUUGGUUUUCUGCUCUGGAGGUAUAUGCACUAACAAAACAUUUUCCUCCUUUCAUAUACGCAUGUUAAUUAGCAAUGUGAGCAAUAUUUCCUACCAUACUUCACUCCCAAUAUUUUUGAGAUGUUUGUAUAAAAUGGAAUUUAAAGUUCACUUAUGAUUGUAUAUGAACCACAGAGGAGCCCAUUUAUUAAUAAAAUACCUUUUUAAUAGUUAAAUGUAGAGGGAAAAAUAAAAAAAAAUUGGGAAACAUUGUAAACAGCUUAAGUUUAUUUUGUGUAUGAUUGAGGCACUCUGUUGCAGGAAGGUGUGUAAUUGGGUUCUCUCUGCUUCCAAAUGCACUCUUUCAAACCAUUCAUUAAUGAUCCUGUGUAUUUUUCAUGUGGCUUUAGUAAAUGUUGGUAGUAGUUCUGUUAAAGUAAUUGUGUUUUAGGUGGCACACACAGUUGGGGUAUGGUAACCCAAAUUCAUGUGCACGGUUUCCCUUAGGCCACUGCCCAAGUUUCACACACCUUUGUACUCUUUGUAAAAGGAGUGGUAUCUGUUUUGAGCUGCCAAUUCAGAUGAUCAGAAAUGCUGCUCUCCUCAGCAUUGUCAUGCCAUUUGGAACUUUGGCAGAGAGACGCCAAAAGGAAGAGGUGAAUGACGUAUGAUAUGUAUUCAGUGAAAGUAAAAUAUUUAUGCUCAGAUACAUUCUCAGAAUAAGUUAAUAAGCUUUAUCCUAUUGGGCUGCUGCAUAUUUUAUCUGGAGAUAAAAGAAAAUUUGGGCAUUUUUAGGUUGUAAUGUUUAACUUAAAUAUGAUUUCUGAUAUUUAUGAACUGGAGUGUUCUUUAAAUUUAUUAAAACAGUGUUUGAGGAAGGAUAACCACACUGUUUGCCAUUCUAGCAGUCAUACAAGUGCAUGUCAUGUCACCCACUCUCAGGCACCAAUAUCGUCCUCAUAGCUUUACACGUUUUACAGGGGACAUUGCAGCAUCCUCAGGACUGACAUCUGGAAAAGGCUCACAUCCACUUACUGCUCCUUGCUUGUUGACUUUGUUUUAAAAUAUUGUGCCUGGUGUCAACUUUUAAGCAACAGCACUGCCUAAAAGCAAGCAGAGAACAGAAUCCCAGCACCAUUCUAUAGGCAACUUUUUAGAAUUCAGAUGUAGUAAAUCUGUUCAAGAUUUAUGGUGUUUUAUGUAAAAAACUUUUGUACAACAUAGCUGAAUAUUUUUGUUUCAUUUCUUUCAUGUAAAGCGUGUGAACGUUUGUUUGAAUACCAUAUGUUAAAGUCAGGUAUGGCAUAAUGGGUUCUGAGACCAGCUUUUUUCCCUUCCCAUUUGCCUUUUCCAAACUUUUUUUUUCUUUAAUUUUUCUGAUAAUCAUAGGCAGAUAUUUAAUUUUACUAAUAAGCUUCCUGUGUGAAUGUAUUUUUUUAAAAAGCCACUAGCCACUAUGUUUUAGUGUUGUAGCUUGCAGAAUUAUAAAGUUCCAUUUCUUGUUUGCCCCUGAGCCCUUUAAAUAAAGUUAUAUGUUAUAGAGAAUCAAGAGAAAAAGUCGAAAGAUACCCAAGACUCAGAUUGUUAGAAUUGAGGGUGUGGCAUAUUUAAAACUGGAACAUAGGCCAACAUACUGUGUUCCAUUUAAAAUUUUUGUCUCAAAUUUAUAUAUUCAGUAGGUGAAAUUUUAAGUCUGUAUUGCAUUUUCAAGACUUUAAAAACUACAAAUACCAUCUCUAAUUUUGAUAUCAAAGAGCAAAGAGUAGAGAAAGCACAAGGCAAAAAUAGGUUAAAUAUAUUCUUUGAAGGAAUCAGAAGUGUUUGGGUUGCCAUUCAUAAUAUAAGGCUAGAUUUUCUAGUGUUAAAAAUUGUCUGUGUCCCAGUAUUUAUUUGAUUCUAAUCUUUUAUAUUCAAUGAAUUUAUGAGAUAUUUUAAUAGCUUUACAAACUGAUGACUGAUUAGUAGCUCAGUGACAGAAAUCAUGAUCAGUUUUAUAGCAAGCAAAGGCUUUAAGGCACGAUUUCAAAAUACCAUAUUUAUGUUUUGACAGAAAUGUGAAGUCUCACAUUUGUAAGUUUUUUCCUUCCCUCCUCUCCUUGCAACAAAUCACCUUUUUAAUGUAUUGAAGAUUGUUUACUCUUUCCUUUUGAAUUGUAUUAUCUUUAUAGAACUCUGAAUUAGUGUUAAGCAAAUGAACUAGAGAAGUUAGGAUUAUUUUUUUAAGCCAGAAAAUUUACAGAGAGAUGGAACCUUUGUUGCUUGUGAUUGCUGUGGGUUAUUUUUACGUUGUAAGAAAAAGCAUCACGCUUUUCAGAUUCACGUAUAAGUAAUCUAGUACAUCUUUAACUGGCUUAUUUGUUAAAGCUAUAACAUGUUUAGGAGCAGGAAGCAAAAGCACCUGUCAUAAUUACCACCUAAAAGCUGAAGGGUAACAAAAUCGGCAUCCUCAUAUGUAUACCAGAGAUGUUCUGAACAACAUCCACAGAAAGAGAAAUGGGGGAUAACCUCUCCUUUCUUUAUGGUGGUAAAAUGAGAGCAAGCAUUUUUCAUUUUAAUCAAACCUUUAUGUAAAUUUCUCUGUAAAAGUCCUGCAGGAAGAAAAAGGAAGAUACCAAGAAAAACAAGCCAAAUUAACAUAGUCAGCAAUUUCCUUUGGCAUAAGUUUGGUUAGACUUGUGCUAUUCUUCAAACGAAGGAAAAACAAGCAUGGUGAAAUAUUCAUUCAACAAGCAUAGGAGUACUCUCCAUUGAAGGGUGUACUUAAAAAGCAUAUGAAUCAAAGAUAUGUCUAUUAAAUGUUAAAACUUUUUAUGGCACAGCCUACAAAUUGAAUAGCAUUAAACUGAAAUUUUAAGUGUGCAUCAGAAAUUAAACACAUGGGUAUUCAAAUGCCAGAGUCAUACGGCUUUGGGGGUAGUGGCAUGGGACAUUCAGCUUUCAGAAUCUUUGAAAAAGGAUGAUUUGGCACUCACUACUAGUUGUUUUUAUUAUAACAAUCUCCCCAAAUUUAUAUAAUUUGCUUGUAUGUCUGUCAUUUUUAACUGUAAAGCAUGGGAACAGUCCUUUCUCAUUUCAAAUUUUUUCAGAUUACUGAUGUAUUUUUCUUAGCUUUCAGGGUUUUUUUUUUUGGCUUUCAUUUUUUAAAAAUGUACCACAUGUGUUUAGGCAAAUUAAACUUACAAAAUUUGCUCAGCAUUAUUGUAUCAAACAAUGACUUUGCUUCUCACCGAACAGAUUUAAGUAUACUGCUACAUGUUUCAAUCUGAUAGAGUAAUUGAUGCAUUAUCUGGGUUUAUAUUUGUUCAGAAACUGUACUGCCCUUUCUCUGUGCUUAACGUGCUAAAAAUAUAUUCCCUUACCUGUGAAAUUCCUGAGCGGUGCUUUGCCAACAUUUGGGGGACGGGUUUGGAUGGCUGUGUUACUGCACACUGGAUCUGGAUGUGUUCGGUGUUGUGGCAAAUUUCUUAAACACCAGCAGCACUGGGAAGUGCACUAUGGGCAUUCACACAGUUUUCUAAACGCAAACAGUUCUAGAAGCUGAAGUAGAGAGAUUUCAGUGGCCAUACUUGUAGUGUUUUAAGAAAGAUGUUUCAGCUUGGUUUUCCUUUCAUUUCAGCAUAAUACUUUUUCUUAAAGAGAAAGAAUGUCUACGUACCUCUUUAAAAGGGCCAUUUUGGUCAAAUUCAUUAGCUUUCAAUUGUGAUUUCUGCUGAUCAUAUAAUAUGUGCCAACUAUUUGUCCAUGGGACUGUCUGCUCUUCCACUCAAUGUGCCAUUUGAGUAGGAAAGGACUCACUUGUUUUCUUUCAUUACUUGGCAUUAAGUUGAAUAAUUCAUUAUUUUGCAUACAUCUGAAUGAUUCUGUGGUCUAUAAAAUGUUCCUACAACUAAUUUUAAUGAUCAAAAGCAAAGCACAUGAUUUUAAAACUGAGCAGGAGAUUUGGUAAUUUUCUCCCUUAAUACUUGGUAAUUUCUAUGAAUACUAUUCCAAAGCAAAUUUUAACUGUUUUCAGUUUUGUAUUUACUUUGAUUUUUGUCCCAAGAAAAAGCCAAGCAUUAAAUCAACUUGUUAUUGUGUUCCAGUAAGUUUAAAGUUUUCUUUUUCUUUAAUUUUUAUUAGAGGAUAUAAUGAAGUGCCAUGUAACUGUAGCUUGCUAGUGUUUAAUGUUUAAUAGACUGAUUUCUGUGAUGUUCUAAACACGUAACACUCUGUCAUCCCUGGAGAAAGUGGUUCUACUUUUAUUUAUCACAUUCUCUCUGACAAAACCACCAGCUGCUUUAUUUUUCUAUUUAUUAAACAGUUGAUGUCUGAAGCUUGACCAAACUGCUCAGCUGAGAUGUUUUUCACUAUAGACACUGUACAAAAUGUGCGUGCAAAAGGACAGUUGGGUGGUAGUAUUUUUUCAUUAAUGUGAACAUUGACUACACAAAGCAGCCCUGCCUUUUAAACCUCGUGGCAGCUCAGAAGGGAGGUGCUUAAGAACCUUAAUUACUAUGUCAGAAGACAAAAUACUUUUUUCCAUUUUGGAGAUUGGGUACUGCUCACACAUGAUGUAUAGGGCUAAAUAUAUAUGCUUGUCUCCUUGCACCUGUGUACUUCUCCCUUCUCCCCUCCCUUUCCUUCCCCUGUAGGCAAUAAAUGGCCAUUUUGCAACUGCA